AUGUCUCGUAUGUGGAACAAAAUACCUUUUAAAAGUAGCGAAUUACAAUUGACCGGCACUUUGAAUGGUGGGCAAAGUUUCAGGUGGAAUUUUGAUAUCACUGAAAAGACUUGGACGGGUAUUUUCGCUAAGACAGUUUGGAAGUUACAACAAGAAAAUAAUUGUUUAAAGUACCAAGUACUCGGAACAUUACUAGAGAAAUCAAACAAGGAAACGGAAAUAUUUGAGAUGUUAUUGAAAAACUAUUUUCGUCUUGAUGUUGACUUGGGAAAUUAUUACAAGAAGUGGUCAGAGAGAGAUCAAUUCUUCAAGUCUGCAUGUGUGCAGUUCUAUGGUAUUCGAAUGUUGGCUCAGGAACCAGUAGAGAAUUUAUUUUCAUUUAUAUGUAGUCAAAAUAAUCAUAUAUCAAGAAUAUCGACCAUGAUAGAGAAACUAUGUAAGCAUUAUGGUGAGAAAAUAUGUGAAGUAGACAGCGUUCCAUAUUAUGCUUUUCCAGAUGUUGAAAAGCUUUCACAACUAGAGGUUGAAUCACAUCUGCGUGAACUAGGUUUUGGAUACCGGGCCAAGUUUAUAAAGAAAUCAGCAAACCAAAUAGUUCAAUGGGGUGGUAAGAAAUGGUUUGGCAGUUUAAAGGAUAUGAAAUACACUGAAGCUAAGGCAGAGCUAAUGAAACUGUGUGGUAUUGGACCUAAGGUUGCAGAUUGCAUAUGUCUGAUGUCCUUAAACCAUUUAGAAGCGUUGCCAGUAGACACUCAUGUGUAUCAAAUAGCAGCUCAAAACUACCUCCCACAUUUGAAAGGAAAGAGAAGUGUUACUGAAAAAGUGUAUAGCGAAAUCGGGGACCACUUCAGAAGCUUGUAUGGUGAUAUGGCAGGAUGGGCUCAUACCGUACUCUUCUGCGCUGACUUAAAGAAAUUUCAACAAGCCGACAGCAUCACAGUGGAACAGGGAAAUCAAAGAAAGAAAAAGAAAAAAUAA